CGAACCGAACCGAACCGAACCCUGUGGAACCCGUGGAUGCGGAAGCUGCUGGUCACGUGUCCCACUGAUGACGUCUCGCGGCUGUGAGGAGUGAGACCUCUGUCCCACACACGAGCUUCGGCUGCCGACGGAGCUGCAUCAGGUGGAGCCGGACCCGGACCUAGACCCAGACCCGGACCCAGACCCGGACCAGGACGGACUGAAGGUGUGACCUUUUGUCAAACCUCCUCUUCAUCCAAUCGCAGCCUCAGUUUGAUCCAAAUGAAGGAGCAGAACUUUAACGAGCAGGUGAAAAGCAUCCUGCAGGAGGCGCCGGACGCACGACGAGCUCUGAGGGACAACGACGGCAACCUGCAGAGUGUGGCCGACUACUGCUGCACAAACUACACACAGUCAGGUGACGACAGUCUGAAGGCCUUGGAGGAGACUAAAAACUUCGCCACCCAGUCUCUGGCCAGCGUGGCCUAUCAGAUCAGUACGAUGGCGAGCAGCGUCCUCAGUCUGCUGGACGCUCAGACCAAUCAGCUGCGACACAUGGAGUCCUCCAUCAACCUGAUUGGACAGACGGUGGAGAUGCACAAGGAGAAAGUGUCUCGUCGGGAGAUCGGCGCCUUCACGGCGGUCCGCAGAGUCCCGCGAAACCACAAAAUCCUGCCCUCAAACCAGGUGUCUCAGCCCCGCCCACCCUACAGCCGCCGACCAAUUAACUACCAGCAGCUGGAUGGGCUGGGCCACGGAGUGAAGGUCUCUGGGAAACAGUCGGACAGAAGCGGAACCAUCCGGAAGCCCGGCGCCUCCAGCAGGUCCACUAAACCUCCGGAGCCGGUGCAGUGCCCCACGGCGCCCCCUGUCGGCGGCUCCAGUUUUGGGAAACCUGUGGCUCCGCCCACAAUCCCCUCCACCUGGCAGGCUCCACCCGAGUGUGAUAUAAUCGACACCCUGCUGGAUGACGCUCCACCCCCUCCUCCUUCAGCCAAUGAGGUUCCAGCUCAGGAUGAAGAAGUUAAAAUUGUGGCCCCACCCCCUCCUCCUCCACCACCUGGUUCAUCUGGAGAUAUAGUGGCUCCGCCUCCUCCUCCCCCGCCCCCACCUCUUCCAGAGGCUUCUACCAAUCACAGUGGUCCUGUGCUGGCCCCGCCGCCAGCUCCUCCCCUUUGCCUGGAGACAGUGGUCGAGGAGAACAGUUUCCCGCCUCCGUCUCCUCCUCCUCCUCCCAGCGACGCCGCUUUUCCUCUGCUGACCAAUGACCUGUUAGAACUGCCAGCUCCACCCCCUCCGCCUCCACCCAACCAGGACGUCGAUGUUUCCCUCCCGUCCAGCAGGAGGAGUCGUCAUCGUUUGCCGCCCAGCACUCGCUCUCUCUCUCUGAGGGUCCGCUCUGGCCCCGCCUCCCGCUGCCGCUACACGCGCUCCCUCUUCCUGCCUUCCAUCCAAUCAUUGAUGAUCCCGCCUCCUCCUCCGUACCCUCCCCCCCACGCCCCCCCUCUGCCUUCCUCCUCCUCUUCCUCCUCCUUCCUCCUUCGUCCUCGCUCCUCCUCCUCACCUCGGCUCUGCUUACCUGCUCGUCUGGAACACCUGGAUCUGGAGAUCCCAGCCCCGCCCCCUCCUCUCCUAUUGGACGACGACGGCGGUUUUGACAGCGUCCUACCGCCCCUCCCCCCACCGGUCGACUACGACACCAGCGCCCCCCCUGAGUACCUGGAGAAAGUGGUGGCGCUGUACGACUACGAGGCCGCCAAACCCGACGACCUGCAGCUGAGCCAGGGCGACGUCAUCUACCUGACGCGUCGCCAUGACGACGGCUGGUGCGAGGGAGUCCUGCACGGCAACAGGGGCUUCUUCCCCGAGAACUAUGUCCAAUCGUGUGGCUAGGCUGAAACCCCGCCCCCUCUGGCGUUUCUGAAUAUUAAUGGUCACAUGAUCAUCACACGACAGCUGCAUUUUAUCGGAAGGAGUCGCAUCGUUUU